AAGUGACGUAGCGGAAGUGAAGCGAGGCCGCCAUAGCAACGGCGGGAUGAAUGCUCCUCCGGCCUUCGAGUCCUUCCUGCUCUUCGAGGGCGAGAAAAAGAUCACCAUCAACAAGGACACCAAGGUGCCCAACGCCUGCUUGUUCACCAUCAACAAGGAGGACCAUACGCUGGGGAACAUCAUCAAGUCGCAGUUGCUCAAAGACCCGCAGGUGUUGUUUGCAGGGUAUAAGGUCCCACACCCUCUGGAACAUAAAAUUAUCAUCCGUGUCCAAACCACCCCAGAUUACAGCCCCCAGGAAGCUUUCACCAAUGCCAUCACGGACCUGAUCAGUGAACUCUCUCUUCUGGAAGAGAGGUUCAGGGUUGCUAUUAAGGACAAGCAAGAAGGAAUUGAGUAAAAUACCCCCUUUGGAGCAGAGUGUUACUUCUGAGGCAGAAUGAUGUGUCUGUUAUUGGAUGAAAUAUUUAAACUUCCAUUCAUGGCAAAUAUUUUCCCCCUUGUCCCACUUCUGUUUAAUUUUUGACAGCAGCAGCACCGGUUUGAGUUUGGUUUUUUUUUAAUCAUAGCAGACAGGCACUUUGCCAAGAGGAUAAAUGUUGUGUUGGAUUUGAUGGACAAGUCAUUAAAGUGAUUUUUAGUUUUCUAA